UCCGAAAAACAAUUGAGUGUUUUUCUUUCUUCAAUUACCAAGGGGAUACCCACCCCCCCUUUCACUCUUUUCAUUUCCCUUCCUCCUUCCACAAUCAUCCUCCUUAUCAUCAUCCUAUUUGCCCUCUCUCUGCCACUCUUUCUCCUUUUUGCAUCACGAGCUAUCCUACCUUCUCAUUCCAUUCAUUUAUGCUCUUUUUUUCUUUUAUUUUUUCUGUUUGAACGUGCAUCAUUGUCAUUGAGGCCUUCUUUAUCAGGUUUUGUUUUUGCAAACAUGGGAGCAUCCUUUUCCUUCUCAGUGUCCAAUCUUAACAAUUUGGAUAGUCAGAUUGAAUCUUAUUUAGUGAGAACAAUAAGCUUUGGAGGAGAGGGUGUGAAGAAGAAGAAGGCUAAACGACCGACGAGUUUAGAUGAUUCUGGACCUUCCAUGUUGAAGUCCUCUGUUAGCUUCAAUGGGAGUGGGAGUGAAUUUAAGACCAAGAAGACAUUGUUGUCUCGUAAUGUGGUUAGAUCAUACAGCCAUGGAAGUCGAGAAUUCUCUCUCAAAUCACCUUCACCAGGCUCUAUCUCAAUGCCGCCUCUAAAUACUCGUGACCAAAGAAAUCAGGCUGCAGUAAAAGUGCAGAAGACUUAUAAAAGUUUUCGCACAAGGAGACAACUAGCAGAUUGCGCUGUCCUCGUCGAACAAAGAUGGUGGAAGCUUGUAGAUUCAGUUGAACCCAAACUCAAUGCUAUAUCGUUCUUCGACAUUGAUAGACCCGAAACUGCUGUUUCUCGUUGGUCAAGAGCAAUGACAAAAGCCGCUAUGGUGGGAAAAGGUUUGUCUAAAGCUGGAAAGGCACGCAAACUUGCUUUGCAGCAUUGGCUUGAAGCGAUUGAUCCUCGCCAUCGCUAUGGUCACAAUCUUCAAUUUUAUUAUGCCAAGUGGCUUCAAUGUGACAGCAGACAAGCCUUCUUUUAUUGGUUGGACAUAGGUGAAGGCAGAGAAGUAAAUCUCGAGAGAUGUCCACGACCAAAACUUCAACAGCAGUGCAUCAAGUAUCUCGGUCCGGUAGAGAGGGAGCCCUAUGAAGUCAAAGUGGUAUAUGGAAAAUUUUUCUAUAAACAUUCCGGGAAGUUGCUUGACACGAGGGAAGGCACCGAUGAUACGAAGUGGAUCUUUGUGCUUAGUGUGUCGAGGGUUUUGUACGUUGGGCAGAAGCGUAAAGGAACUUUCCAACACUCUAGUUUCUUGGCUGGUGGUGCAACAUUGGCCGCUGGAAGAUUAGUCGUCGAAAAUGGCAUUUUGAAGGCGGUCUGGCCUCACAGUGGACAUUAUCUCCCAACGGAGGAGAAUUUCGAGGAGUUUAUUUGUUUCCUCGAGCAACAUAACGUUGACAUCACUUUGGUCAAGAGAGCACCAAGUGUCGACGAGGAGGGCUGCUUCAUUAAGAAGGAAUACAGCUUUGGCCUCCGUAGUAGCAUGUCAGAACCAGAUUUCAGAACAACAUCUAGUGAAGAGAACACGGUGAAAUGUGUAGAGAGCGAAGAAGACGACUCGAGCAGAACAUAUAGCAAAGGAGUAGAAAAUGUGCGGGCGCCCAGGUCAAGGCGGGCUAGGAGAUCGCGACCAAACAUCCCAGUACUUCAAAUUCCAAAGAGGGAGGAUAUACUCGAGAAGUUCAGGGGUGAAGAGAAAUGGCAGCCAGGAACGAGUAGCACCCCCGUAGAAACGCCUGCAGACGGGUACGAAACAGCAGAAGAGUACUUGUCAGACACCGAGUUCUCGGUCUCUAAGCAUAACUUAUUCGAUGGAGAAACUGAGGAAGACUUCGAGGAGCCUGUCCCGAGAGAAAAGAUCGCGAGGAGAAUAGUGUCACACAAAGGAAUGAAGUCGUUUCAGCUGGCGGACCAGUUAUCGUGCAGGUGGACAACGGGGGCUGGACCGCGAAUUGGAUGCGUGCGGGACUAUCCCGUGGAGCUCCAGUUUCGGGUGUUGGAGGAGGUGAAUUUGUCUCCCAAGAGCACGUAUUCGUCCCCCCCGCGAAAAUCUGCUCGUACAACGCCCACGCAGCUGUCGUGCAGAGAAGCAAAUGCAAGCAAAAGUCCUCUGGGAAGAGAAUCAAUGUUGUUGAAUCAUCAAGUUGCAACACCAUGAAAUUAAGCAGCAGAUUGAUUGACCCAUGACUAGUGUUUAGAUGGAAAUUUAAGGAGUCUUUUGUGUUUGUUUUUUUUUCUUUGUUGUUGAAGUUAGAGAAAUUUGUGUUAGGAAUUGUUGGCAAAAGUAACAUAUGGUCGGUCUUGUUGCCAACCAACCAACUUAACCAACCAGAAUAAGAAUCUCAUUCACAAUGGCUGCAUUUGUUACA